UUGCGCAUGCGUUCUCCCGCGGCAGCACGUCCGCGCGCAGAUUUUUGGCAGCUGGUGCUCUCCGUAGUGGGUAGGAGGUCGUGGGGCGGGGCUGGUGGCUGCCAAGCGGAGACUCCCUAAGGGGUACUCCUUCGGAACCGGUGUGGUUCUGAGUGACCUGAUCGCUGGGAUGGCCGUGCGCUACGAUCUCCCCGUAGGCACCGCCGAAGAGGAGGCGGAGGACGAUGCACCGGCCCGCGGCGCAGGCCUGGAAGCGUUCGGCGAGAGCGAGGAGACCCGCGCGCUGCUCGGCCGCCUGCGGGUGGUGCACGGCGAGCGCAGGGCGCGGGAGGUGGCGGAGGAGCGGUUCCGCGUAAUAAUGGACAAAUACCAGGAGCAGCCUCACCUGUUGGAUCCACACCUUGAAUGGAUGAUGAACUUGUUGCUGGAUAUAGUGCAAGACAGGACCUCACCAGGCACCCUUGUCCAUCUGGCUUUUCAAUUUCUGUACAUCAUCACCAAGGUUCGAGGAUAUAAAAUAUUUCUUCGUUUAUUUCCUCAUGAAGUAGCUGAUGUACAGUCUGUGUUAGAUAUGAUCUCGGACCAGAACCCCACAGACCAUGAGACAUGGGAGACCCGCUACAUGCUUUUGCUGUGGCUCUCCAUGACCUGCCUGAUCCCUUUCGACCUUUCACGCCUUGACGGGAACCUGGGCACCCAGGUGGGGCAGGCACAGAUGCCCAUCAUGGACCGCAUUCUGCAGAUAGCAGAGUCCUACUUGCUUGUCAGCGACAAAGCUCGAGACGCGGCUGCUGUCCUGGUGUCCAAGUUUAUCACGCGCCCUGACGUCAAGCAGAGGAAGAUGGCUGGGUUCCUGGACUGGAGCCUCAGCACCUUGGCCCGCUCCUCCUUCCAUACCAUCGACGGGGUCAUUGCCAUGGACGGGACACUACAGGCCCUGGCACAAAUAUUUAAACAUGGGAAACGUGAAGACUGUCUGCCCUAUGCCACUGUUGUGCUGCAGUGCCUGGAUAACUGCAGGCUCCCUGAGAGCAACCAGACCCUGCUGCGAAAGCUGGGCAUGAAGCUGGUGCAGCGGCUGGGGUUGACCUUCCUAAAGCCAAAGGUAGCUGCCUGGAGGUAUCAGCGUGGUUCCCGAUCCUUGGCUGCUAACCUGCAGCUCUGCACCCUGGCUCAAAGUGAGCAGAAGGUACCUGUUGCGAUGUCUGAUGGAGACGAGGACUAUGAUGUCCCAGAAGGGGUAGAGAGCGUCAUAGAGCAGCUGCUGGGUGGGCUGAAGGAUAGAGACACGGUGGUGCGCUGGUCUGCAGCCAAAGGAAUUGGCAGGAUGGCAGGGCGGCUUCCCCGAGAACUGGCCGAUGACGUAGUUGGUUCUGUGCUGGACUGCCUCAGUUUUCAGGAGACGGACAAGGCAUGGCAUGGUGGAUGUCUGGCACUGGCAGAACUGGGCAGACGAGGCCUGUUGCUUCCAUCACGACUCCCAGAGGUGGUUGCCGUGAUCCUCAGAGCUGUGACCUACGAGGAGAAGCGGGGAGCCUGCAGUGUAGGUGCCAACGUCAGGGAUGCUGCUUGCUACGUGUGCUGGGCCUUUGCACGUGCCUAUGACCCGCAGGAGCUGGCACCGUUUGUGGCUGCCAUUGCCAGUGCCCUGGUCAUCGCUUCAGUGUUUGACCGAAAUGUGAACUGCAGGAGAGCGGCUUCAGCUGCCUUCCAGGAGAAUGUGGGGAGACAGGGCACUUUCCCUCAUGGAAUCGAUAUUGUGACUACAGCAGACUAUUUUGCAGUUGGUAACACAGCUAACUGUUUCCUGGUUAUAAGUGUGUCCAUCGCAAGCUUCCCUGAGUAUACCCAGCCAAUGAUCGAUCACCUGGUUGCCAUGAAAAUCAGCCACUGGGAUGGGGCUAUCCGAGAACUGUCAGCCAAGGCACUGCACCAGCUGGCCCCACAAGUGCCUGAGUACUUCGCCACGCAUGUGCUCCCUGCCUUGCUGUUGAUGACGCUGAGUCCAGAUCUACAUACGCGGCAUGGUGCCAUUCUUGCCUGCGCAGAAGUCACCUACGCCUUGUACAAGCUGGCAGUGCAGAGCGACAGGCCUGUCACAGACUACCUGGACGAGAAGGUGGUACAGGGCCUGAGACAGAUCCACCAGCAGCUCUCUGACCGGCACCUGUACAGGGGCCUUGGAGGAGAACUCAUGAGACAAGCAGUGUGCAUCCUGAUAAAAAACCUGUCACUCUCCAGAAUGCCUUUUAAAGGUGACCCCAUCAUUGACGGCUGGCAGUGGCUGAUAGACGACACGCUGAGAAACCUCCACCUCGUCUCAAGUCAGUCCAGACAGCAGAUCAAGGACACAGCUGUAUCAGCCCUAGCUGCCGUCUGCAGCGAGUACUACCAGAAGGAGCCCCGGGAGGCCAGUCCUGCCAUCCAGGAGGUGCUCAUCCCAAGGUACCUUGUCGAGCUCCAGAGCCCUGAGGAGAUGGUUCGCUGCGGCUUUGCAUCGGCCCUGGGUUCCCUGCCCGGCUUCCUCCUUCAAGGCCGGCUGCGUCAGGUCCUGGACGGUCUGAGUGCAGUCACCCGCAUCUCCUUGAAGGACGUGGGCUUCGCUGAGGCCAGGAGGGACAGCUUGAGGGCCAUCGCGAGAAUCUGCCAGACUGUGGGUGUGAAGGCGGAGGCGGCCCCAGACGAAGCCGUGUGCAGACAGAAUGUUGCCCAGGUGUACACCACGCUGCUGGGCUGCAUGGGAGACUACACCACAGACAGCAGGGGUGACGUGGGGGCCUGGGUCCGCGAGGCCGCCAUGACCAGCCUGAUGGACCUGACAUUGCUGCUGGCGCGGACAGAGCCCGCACUGAUUGAGGCCCACAUCUGUGAGCAAGUCAUGUGCUGCGUGGCCCAGCAGGCAAGUGAGAAAAUUGACCGGUUCCGUGCCCAUGCUGCCUGCGUGUUCCUGACACUUCUGCACUUCGAUGGCCCGCCUGUGCCCCACGUGCCCCACCGCAAGGAACUAGAGGCACUGCUUCCCAGGUCUGAAGUGGCCACUGUGAACUGGAACGCACCUUCCCAGGCCUUCCCGCGCAUCACCCAGCUCCUGGGGCUGCCCACCUACCGCUACCAUGUGCUGCUGGGGCUGGCCGUGUCUGUGGGUGGCCUGACCGAGUCCACGGUCAAACACUCUACCCAGAGUCUCUUCGAGUACAUGAAGGGCAUUCAGCAGGACCCCCAGGCACUGGGCAGUUUCAGUGGGACCCUCCUGCAAGUUUUUGAGGACAACCUCCGGAACGACAGGGUAUCCGUAUCAUUGCUGAAGAUGCUGGAUCAGAUGCUGGCUAAUGGGUGCUUCGACAUUUUCACCAGGGAGGAGAACCACCCCUUCUGUGUGAAGUUGCUUGCACUCUGUAAGGAAGAGAUUAAGAAGUCGAAAGACGUCCAGAAACUUCGGUCCAGCAUUGCAGUUCUCUGUGGGAUGGUGCAGUUCUGCGGCGAUGUGAGAAGGAAGGUGCUUUUGCAGCUAAUGCUGCUCCUCUGCCAUCCGUUCCCCGUGAUCCGGAAGUCCACGGCGAGCCAGGUGUAUGAGAUGGUGCUCACCUACAGCAACGUGCUGAGCGCCAGUGUCCUGGACGAGGUUGUGGCUGUGCUCAGUGACACAGCCUGGGAUGCUGAGCUCCCAGUCGUCAGGGGGCAGCGGAAUCGCUUGUGUGACCUCCUCGCUGUGCCCAGACCCCAGCUGGUCCCCAAGCCUGGCGCCCCCUGAAGCUGGUCCAGUGUCAAGCUGUUGCACCUGCUCAGCAGGGACAUCCUGACCCAAUGCUGCUGACCGCCACAGCGGAGCCCGGUGCUGCGUGCCAGUGUCCACAGAGGGCUGUGCCUUUUCUUCAUGUGUGCGCCUGCUGUUGCCUCACACAAAUGUGCUCCCCAUAAAAUCAUACUCCAAACAGC